AUGGCUCUACCCACUGUUACUAUUAACAUAAGUCAGAGUCCUGAUGAUGAACCAGGGCCUAUUACAUACUAUGGAGGUACUAGUAAACGAGAUGUUAAAGUGGAAAAGUCUGAGUUUCCUCUUAACUCUGGCUUCUUAAAGUAUACACAUGUAGCAUCCGCUGGACAACCUUUCACUGUUGAUAAAGUUCAGUCUGGAAAUAGUGGUAAUGAUAUAAAUCAGAUAAAACCAAAAAAUGGUGAGCCUGUAAAGUCCUAUUCUGUCUGGUACUGGAAGUAUGACCAAUCAAUGAAUAACCCUUUAUUCAUAGAGAUUCACAAUAAAAAUGGUACGUAUGGCUAUCAUGAAACUAAGGGAAAUGGCUCUUGGAAUCCACAUGAUAGUGGUUCUCAAGAUAAUCAACGGCUGGAAGGUAAAGCCCUUGAGCAGAAACUUGAUUACCUCAAUUGUAAACAUUACAAACUUGUUACCAUUGAUCUCACAGAGUCUCAUUCUAAGACUUAUGCCAGUAGUGGAACUUAUUGUUGUAGUGAUAAACAUGAUACUGGUAAAAAAAGGGUUACCAUUAGGGGAGAUAAAGUUAGAGUUAGUCUUCCCGGAGCCAAAGACAUUGAAUACUAUGAACACUUCAUUGGUGGUGAAUCUGAACUCGCCGGAAUUAAGUACAAUGAAGGUGCUGCUAGUGGUAGAGGAGAUAAUGAUCCUGCUCCUGGACCUGGUGAACCUAAAACUCCUCAUACUAAACCUCCUGGUGAAUCUUAUCCUAAAGCACAUUCUGAAGCUGCUAAAGUUUUUGCUGAAUCCGCUGGUUUUAUCGCUACUAUAUCUGGAUACUUCCUUGCUGGUUCCGCAGGAACUGCCGCAACAUUUUUUGGAGGAUGGAAGCUUUAUAAUCGCUAUAAGGGAGAUCCUUGGGUUAGACAGAUUUAG